AUGGGGCUCGGGCUCUCGCUCUCCCUGCUGGCCCCGGCGCUCUGGGCCCUGCUGCUGCUCUCGGCCUCCGAGGAGACGGUGCCGCGGGUCAGCCUGCACUACGGCUCCUCCGAGAGACCCGUGUGGUGGUUUGAGAAGGACGGAGUCACCAACUACACAACCCUGCUGCUGAGCCCAGACGGGGGAACCUUGUAUGUGGGGGCGCGCGAGUUCCUCUUCGCCCUCAACACCAGCCACUUCCAGCCUGGCCCGCAGCACCAGCUUCUGCCCUGGAGCGCGGACAAGGAGAGGAAGAAGCAGUGUGCGUUCAAGGGCAAGGACCCCCAGAGGGACUGUCACAAUUACAUCAAGAUCCUGCUGCAGCUGAACAGCAGCCACCUGUACGCCUGCGGGACCGGCGCCUUCAGCCCUGUGUGCACCUACCUCAAUGUGCAGAACUUCAGCCAGGCGAGGGAGCUGCUGCUGGAGGACGGGAAAGGCCGCUGUCCCUUUGACCCCGAAUACAAAUCCACUGCCAUCAUGGUCGAUGGUGAGCUCUACGCUGGGACUGUCAGCGACUUCCAGGGCAAGGAGCCGACCAUCUACCGGAGCCAGGAGAGCCGCAUCUCCCUCAAGACCGAGAACUCCCUCAACUGGCUGCAAGACCCAGCCUUCGUGGGCUCAGCCUACCUGCGGGAGAGCCUGCCGCCUGGCAACUCUGAGGGGGAUGACGACAAGGUGUACUUCUUCUUCAGCGAGACCGGCAAGGAGUUCGACUUCUUCGAGAACACCAUCGUGUCGCGGAUCGCCCGCGUGUGCAAGGGGGACCUAGGCGGGGAGCGGGUGCUCCAGCGGAGGUGGACCACGUUCCUCAAGGCCCAGCUCUUGUGCUCGCGCCCCGACGACGGGUUCCCCUUCAACGUGCUGCAGGACGUCUUCGUGCUCACGCCGGACGAGCGGCGCUGGAGGGACACGGUCUUCUACGGCGUCUUCACCUCCCAGUGGAACAAAGGGGGCCCGGGCAGCUCAGCAGUAUGUGCCUUCGCCAUGCACGACGUGCAGAAGGCCUUCAGCGGGCUCUACAAGGAGGUGAACCGUGAGACGCAGCAGUGGUACACAGACACCGGCCCUGUGCCAGAGCCCCGGCCCGGAGCGUGCAUCACCAGCCGCACGCGGCACAUGAAGAUCAACUCCUCUCUCCAGAUGCCAGACCGCGUGCUGAAUUUCAUCAAGGACCAUUUCCUGAUGGACAGUGCCAUCCGGAGCCAGCCACUCCUGCUGCAGAGCCGCGUGCACUACCAGCAGAUCUGCGUGCAACGCGUGCGGGGCCUGCACCACGCCUACGAUGUCCUCUUCCUGGGCACAGACGACGGGCGACUGCACAAGGCCGUGAGCGUGAACCAGAAAGUGCACAUCAUCGAGGAGAUCCGCCUUUUCCAUGCCGGCCACCCAGUCCACAAGCUGCUGCUGGACCAGAGCCAGGGCCUGCUUUACGCUGCCUCUUACGCAGCAGUGGCCCAGGUUCCCGUCUCCAACUGCAGCCUGUACAGGAGCUGUGGGGAGUGCAUCCUGUCCCGGGACCCCUACUGCGCCUGGAGCGGGGAGGCCUGCCGCAGCGUCGCCCAGUACCACCUGCAGCUGCACCCCCAACCCUGGGCCCAGGAUAUCGAAGACGCCGACACGGAGAGGCUCUGCCAAGCAGGCAACGUGUCCCUGCCCAUCCCCCGCCUUCUCCGACCCCCAGCAGAAGGACCGCAGUGCCAGCAGAUCCGGCUCCUGCCCAACGCGGUCAGGCCCCUGCCGUGCCGGCUUUUGUCCAACUUGGCCUCGCGGCUGUGGGUGCACAAUGGGACCCAGAUCAACUCCUCCUACCUGGUGCUGCCGGACGGAGCCCUCAUCCUGGUGGGCAGCCUGGAGCGCCUGGGCACUUACGAGUGCUGGUCGCUGGAGGAGGGCUUCCAGAAGCUGAUGGCGAGCUACUGCGUGGGGGUGGAGGAGCUGGCCCCGGUGCUGCAUGUGCCGCUGGAUGCAGCGGGCAGGCCCCUGCCCGGCCAGGACGCCAUGGAGACCAUCAGCACCUCCCGGAGCACCUCUGCCGUGGGCAGCGUCUCCUCCCGGCACGACGGCAAGAGCUACUGGCCUGAGUUCCUGAUUAUGUGUGCGCUCUUCGGGGCGGCGCUGCUGCUGCUGGCGCUCUUCGUGCUCUGCCGGCACCGGGACAGCAUGAAGGCCUUCCUCAAGCAGGGCGAGUGCCCCCGCGGGAGCCACAGGAAGGUGGGGCUGCCUGUCGAGAGCCUGCCCCUCAACGGCAGCAGCCUGCCCAGCACGGCGCCCGACCACAAGGGCUACCAGGCCCUGACCGACAACUACAUCAGCACCCCCCCGCACGCGCCACCGGGCGCCAGCCCGGCCUUCUCCCAGUCGGACAGGAGGCCCCUCAGCAUCCGCGAGAGCUUCGUGGAGGUCUCUCCAGCCUGCCAGAGACCCCGGGUGCGGCUGGGCUCCGAAAUCCGGGACUCCGUGGUGUGA